UGCGAUGGCGGCUGCGGUGGUGGCGGCACCCGAGGGCCUUCGGGAAUGCGGCUGUAAGGGCAUUCGGACCUGUCUGAUCUGCGAGCGGCAGCGGGGAGGUGACCCACCCUGGCAGCACUCUCCACAGAAAACACAUCGUUUCAUUUACUACUCAGACACUGGCUGGGCUGUAGGGGCCGAGGAAUCUGACUUUGAAGGCUGGGCCUUCCCCUUCCCUGGCGUGACAUUGAUAGAGGACUUUGUGACCCGGGAGGAAGAAGCUGAGAUGGUGCAGCUGAUGGACCGUGAGCCUUGGAAGCUCUCACAAUCUGGACGGAGGAAGCAGGACUAUGGUCCCAAAGUCAACUUUCGGAAACAAAAGCUCAAGACUGCUGGCUUCCAAGGCCUUCCCAGCUUUAGCCGGGAGGUAGUGCGGAGAAUGGGCCUCUACCCCAUCCUGGAGGACUUCCAGCCUGUGGAACAGUGUAAUCUGGACUACUGCCCAGAGCGGGGCUCGGCCAUCGACCCUCACCUGGAUGAUACCUGGCUAUGGGGGGAGCGGCUGGUGAGCCUCAACCUUCUGUCCUCCACCGUGCUGUCUAUGUCUCGGGAGGCACCUGGCAGCCUACUGCUCUGCCUGGCCCCAUCUGGCUUCCCGGAAGCCUUGGUGGAAGGUGUGAUGGCUCCCAGCAGGUCCGUCCUGUGCCAGGAGGUGGAGGUGGCUGUCCCUUUACCCCGCCGCUCACUGCUUGUGCUCACUGGAGCCGCACGGCACCAGUGGAAGCAUGCCAUCCACCGCAGACAUGUCGAGGCCCGCCGUGUGUGUGCCACCUUCAGGGAGCUGUCGGCCGAGUUCUGUCCUGGUGGGAGGCAGCAAGAACUCGGACAGGAGCUCCUGCAAAUCUCUCUCUCCUUUCAGGGGAAACCCAUGUGAGCCACUUCCCUGGGGACAGCAGCUGGUACUGGGCCUGGCUGGGGUGCCAGUUCCAGAGUUGAUCCUUUGCCAAGAUUGAAGGGGGAGCCCAGCACAAGGGUCUUCCUCCCCAGCUCAUUAGGUUUUCAGAGAAGACUGCUGACACCCUGACGCCGUGGCAGUGUGAGCCCUGCGGGAACUGGUUUUGAGGGGGACGUGCCUCAGGUCAUUCCCCUUUGAGCUGCACUGUGGCCACUUGUUUGGGUUAUUUAAUUUGUCAUAACUGAGGGAAAUGGCAUAAUUUGAGUUUUAAAAAUGUUGGCAUCACUUAAAACCAUUUUCUCCUUUAUCCAUCUCUUCAGUGAGAUUUCCCGGUGCCCCACCCUCUGGUCCCUCCAUUGGAGUAGCGUAUUGGAUCAGAGGAUGGAAUUGGUAGAAGAUUUGAGGUUAUUACUAUUUCAGAUUUCAGAGCUGGUGAAUCAGACUCUGCCUGGGUCACGCUUGACCCAGCCUUGGGGUGCAGGAUGCAGUGAGGACUGGGAAAUCUCCUGAGAGUUUGGUACGCACAUAGCCCACCCAACCCCUGCCCCACAUAAUGGUGUUAAAAAGUGGGAAAAUUCUUUUCAGCCCCUAGGAUAGCACAAGAUGGUUUGCUGUCCGGUGCUGGUGCUGUGUGGUACUCACCUGGAUGGGUAGCUGUUCCCAUGCACCUGUGGCCAGGUGUGCAGGUCGUGGAGGUGGAGGGAGAUGGCAGUAUUCUCUGGGCCUGCAUGGCCAGCCCUCUUGCCUGCUGCUUGUAUGACAAAAUGCACCUGGCUCACCCACCACAUGCAGGAAGCCAAACGAGGGGCCAGUGCUCCAGCACAGCCUGGAAAGUUUUGUGGUUGGCACUGGCUUUCAUAUUCACUUGAACUUUCUGAGAGCUGGAAGGUUGGGGGAGGCACUGGCCACUGCACUGCCUGUGAAGGGGCAUCAUAGCUGCUGAGCCACUGGCUUGGACCGGAGGACCCUGUGCAGACCCAGUGGAGAGGCUGCUUGGGCUGCUGGUGGCUGCUGGGUGGGGACCAUUGGGCUCCCAGAUGCCUCAACUGCUGCUUCCUGGGGCAGCUUACUCAGAGUAGGAGGGUGGAGGACAGCUUCUUCCCAGGUCUUGUAACUUCCACGCCAGCCCUCAGGCCCCACUUUGGAUUCCUAGCA